CGGGCCCCCGGGGGGGGGACAGGCUCGGGCCCCCGGGCGGGGCGGCAGGCAUCGGGCCCCCCCAGGCGGGGCGACAGGCAUCGGGCCCCCAGGCGGGGGCGGGGCAUCGGGCCCCCAGGAGGGGCGACGGGCAUCGGGCCCCCAGGGGGGCGGCGGGCGCCGGGCCCCCAGGGGGGCGACAGGUCUCGGGCCCCAGGCGGAGCGGCGGGGCCGGCCCCCCAGAUGGAGCGACAGGUCUCGGGCCCCCAGGCGGAGCGGCGGGGCGCCGGACCCCCAGGUGGAGCGACAGGUCUCGGGCCCUCAGGCGGAGCGGCGGGCGCCGGACCCCCAGGCAGGGAGAGCGACAGGUCUCGGGGCCCUCAGGCGGGGGGGCGGCGGGCGCCGGACCCCCAGGUGGAGCGACAGGUCUCGGGCCCCCAGGCGGGGCGGCAGGUCGGGCCCCCGGGCCCCCAGGCGGAGCGACAGGGCUCGGGCCCCCAGGCGGAGCGACAGGUCUCGGGGACC